GAUAACUUCUUUCAUCUGUCAGAAAAAUGGGCUGGCACUUCUUCACACGUCUGCUGGACGAGAUGUCCAAUCACUCGACAUUCGUGGGCAAGAUCUGGCUCACCUUCUUCAUCGUCUUCCGGAUUGUGCUGACAGUGGUUGGCUGCGAGUCCGUCUACGACGAUGAACAGAGUAACUUUGUGUGCAAGACACAGACACCUGGUUGUGAGGAUGUUUGCUAUGAUGCGUUUGAGCCUCUUCGCUUCUGGGUGUUCCAGGUGAUCAUGAUCAUCACACCCACUGCCAUGUACCUCGGGUUUGCCAUACACAAGAAGAGGGUACCGAUAAUGAACCGGGGAGCCAACAGGGACUACAAAGAGAUGGAGGAUAAUGGGGAGAAAGAUACCAUAACCUUGAAGAUUGAGCCAGAUGAGGAGAAGGAAGUUUCAAAGAAGCACAAAAACACAAAAACAAAGUUCUUCCAGCUAAUAUCACGAGCUGUCUACGAGAUUUCAUUUCUCUUCGGGCAGUAUAUCCUCUACGGCCUGGAGGUGGCGCCGUCCUAUGUGUGCACAAGCUCCCCUUGCUCACACACGGUGGACUGCUUUGUGUCACGUCCCACUGAGAAAACCGUCUUCCUGCGCAUCAUGUAUGCCGUCAGCGCUUUGUGCCUACUCCUCACCUUACUGGAGAUCCUUCAUCUUGGCAUCGGCGGGAUUCGGGACUCUGUCUGCAGGUCACAAUCUCGCUCUUCUGCUUCUCACCACCCAGGCCUGGCCAGACGUCCUGAUUCCCCCAACCCGGCCCCAGGCCAGACAACCAAUAGGCCCACCCACCCGGAGAAGGCCCCAGACCAGGUGGCCUGCUCCUCCUCCAGGCCCCAGACUCUAGGCGGCAAUCGGAGAACAGAGUUGUAA